AUGUCGUUAGCGACUGGCAAAGGGUUGCCAAAAGACGCAGGAAAAUUUGGAAUGUGCACUAGCAUUCCUGGAGCUCAUUAUUUGCUGGCCACAAUGACUGGAGCUUUGCCGCUGGCUCCCAGCAAUGCACUCCAACUGGGGCUGGGAAUUUGCGUCCCUGAGGCGUGUCGACCAGGAGACGUGCCGCUGAUCUUGAAUUCCACCAUUGGGUUGGAAAUCAUCCCAGACUUGCAAACCCUCACGAUUGCGAAUGUCCACGCUUCAGAUCCAAUUGAUGGCUUGGCAGCUCCGAGUCUUCGUUGCUGGCUUUCCGUGGCAGUGCUAGCUUCGUUGAUGCUCAUAUCGGUUUUGUCCACCGCAUUUGCGCACGUCUCAGCGUCGAGGCAUCAGGACGGCUCCGCAUUUUACUGCUGGUGCAAUUUGCCAAGCAGUGCUUUUUCGCUGAUUGGACGCAACGGCACUCUGACAAAACUGGUGGAACAGCCGCCGCCGAAGCCGACAGACUCCCUCAAUGGAUUGCGGGUUCUUGCAAUGGCAUGGAUCAUCCUGGGCCAUUCUUUCUUAAUGCCUGAAGGCGUGUCUGGCUAUUCCAACCCGCAAGAUAUUACCAGCAGUAUUUUGAACAAAGACUCAGCUGAAAAUAACCCGAUGCUCAUGCUCAUCAUCCAAGCCGAACAGAGUGUGGACACAUUCUUCUUUUUGUCUGGAUUCCUCCUCUCCCACUUGAUGUUGAAAGAACUCAGCAACCGGGGACCUAACCCCGUGCUUGCGGUAUUGUUGCGGUAUUUUCGUUUGACUCCAAGCUUGGCGCUUGUAAUGUUGGUGUACUAUGGGAUAGUGCCGUAUCUGGCAUCGGGACCUUUCGCAGUGAUUUUGCAGGAUUCCAUUUUUCGUCGAUGCGAUGGGUCUUGGUGGUCAGAGCUGACCUACACAAUGAACUUUAUUCCGUUUGAUUCUGAUAAAGUGUGUAUGGGCUGGACUUGGUACCUUGGUGAUGACAUGAUUUUCUUCGUGUUGGGUUGUGUGCUGGUGCCCAUCUAUCACAGGAAGAAAGCUCUAGGCUGGUGGCUGCUGCUGUGCCUGAGUGGCCUCUCCAUGGGAGUUACCGCUUGGCUGAUCGCCAGAUACCAUCUUUCGCCAUACGUGUUCGACAGCCACUACACUGAGUAUUCAUAUUAUGCCUACAGCAAGCCCUACACAAGGGCUCCAGCGUACUUUGUUGGAAUAUCCGCUGCCUGGUUGCUGGGAACCUUGGAAGAGAAGGGUUUGACACGGGAGAGCCAGCCACAUCGUCGUCACCCACUUGCAGCCACAGCUGUUGCCAUCCUGUCAGCAGCUGUAUUGUGCUUGGUUGUUUUUAUUCCAGCCACGGAUUUCGGUGCAUCUAAGAACAGCUGGAACGACUUUGAGAGUAUUCUGCUCCUUGAUUUUGGGAGAGUUGCAUGGGCUUUGUCCUGGGCUGCGAUAACAAUUCUUUGCUAUUAUGGUUCCUUGAAUGGCAAGCAGCAACUGCAAAGCUACGAGAGCCAGAAGCUUCGCUUUGCAGCUCCCCUUUGCCGAGAGCUGAGGCUGUUUGCCUUGGACGAAUUCUUUUUUGGCACACCCGGCAUGGACACCCCUUGCUCGGCUGACCUAUGGUGCCUACCUGCUGCAUCCCCUUGCUGCUUGGAUCGUCAUUUUUCUCUCCUACAGUGUUUCCACUGUUGGAUUUGGAACAUGGAGACGUCAUGGCUAUGCAACAAUGAGGUCAUCAAAUUGGCAGCAGGGACUUCGGUGCAGUAUUACACUUUUAGUGGCAUGGCGAUGGCCCCAGCGACGUAA